CUCUCUUAGCAUUCGAUACCGCACACUCCCUUCUGCUGUCUUUCGUUUCCCCUCCGACUCAAUCCUGUCAAUCCUUUCUUUUCUCUACGCUCUUUCGACUCUUUUCGCAACCGACUCUCGAACAGCUUUCGCCCACCGCACUCCUUCCAUUGAGCAGUCGCGUGUUUUGCAGGCAGACACCUUGAUUUCGUAUCCUUAUUUUCAUUUCGGUAGACACAGUACGCUCUCGGAACCUUUCGGUCAUCAACAAGGAUCACAGUAAGGCUCACUGCGCUGUUCAACAAGAUAAAAAAUAUUGGGGGGGAUUGGGCACGCAACAGGGGGUUUGACAGUAUGGCCCAUCAUGGAAACGGGCAUGCGCGAUAUAACAGGUCGAUGAGGAAACGCUACCAGUCAGACGAAGGCGGGAAUGGAGGUGCGGAUAAGGAGUCGAAUGCUAUGGCUUUGCCGACCAGGAUAUCGCAAGAGCCUGUGGUGUACGCGGUGAGGAACGAGCUUGUUAUCGAUGAAGAGGGACGGAGUCAGCAAGCACAAGAUAGCAGGCAAAUAUCACACAUAAAACGGCAGGAGCCAAAUGCCUCGACAGACGAUCAAACGACGGUUGUUGCGACAGUGGCCAACGUGGAGGAGAGCGGCUCGCAGACAACGGGGCUGAGCACAUCAGAAACCCCCUCCGCCACAUCUGACCAGUCCACUCAAGCAUCGACAUCUGGCUUGUCGGCUGAGUCGGGCUCAGUCACGGCACCGACUUCCGCGACUGGACCGGCCGGCGAGCAUUCAACUGCGUCCCCGGCGUAUUCUUCUCCCACUGCGGAUACUCCCACUGUGACAACGGCCUCUGAUCCGUCCACCUCCGUCCCCCCGUCCGGCCCAAAUUCGUCCAAAACAUCAACACCCCUCUUUGGUACCACCUCAACACAUCUUCCGGCAUCUUCAACCCCUAUCCGGCCGACAAGCACGAGCACUAACCCGAACGCGACUUCAACCCGGAGUUCCAGCUCAAUCACCACGUCGAGCUCGAGUGUGGGCUAUGUGGGUGGCAAUCAGUCUGGUACGACGACGUCCUACGAUUCGUUCGCAACGGCCACGACAUCUCUCUCUUGGUCUGAUACAUCCUCGAACGCUGGGGCCUGGGGGACGACCACGAAUGGAGCAGGGGGAGGAGCAGGUGCCACUGCCACCGGACAAUCACCAGCAGCAACUACGGCAGCCGCCGCUUCUGGCGGUCUCAGUACUCAAACCAAAGGCAAAAUAGCCGGCGGGGUUGUUGGGGGCGUAGCGGCUGCUAUGGUAUUUGUCGUCUUGCUGUGGCUUCUGCUGCGCCGACGCAAGAGGGCUAUUCGCCCUCAGGCACGUGAUGCCCUCCCUGCAGCAGACAUGGCUGGUACAGCGACCACGGAAGGAUCCAUCACUCGCUCGGCGGAGAUGACCUCGCGCCGAUCCAGCAACGACCCGUUGUUCACAGCCUCGUACUUUGCCCCAGCGUUCAUGCAACGGUGGCGGCAAUCACACAUGACUACUCGGACAACGGACUCGGUGUGCUCCGAUAGCAGCGAACGUGGCUUCCAGAAGAUCUCGGGCCGGAAGAUUCCUUCUGUGUUGCAUUCUGGUGGAGAUGGAUAUGGUGGUGGCGCCGAGCAGACCUCACCGACGGUCUCUGAGCCCAGCUCUACCUUUGCUGCCCCGGGGUCUCCUGUCAUCCCACGGUCGCCUCCUUCACAACCGCCGUUGACUACGCCGUAUGGCAUGCCUCUCGACACGAGUUAUACUCGAGAAGCAGAGGAGCCUCUCCCGGUGGUCAAGUUCCGCCCAUCUCCUGCGCGGACGCCUGUGACGGGGUCAGCCAAUGCAAGUUUGCACAACGAGCCUUCAGCCCCGCGGAUGAUUCCGUCCGUGCAUGUGCAGGUGUCUGGAGCGCUUUCGCCAACGAUGCCUAAACGGCCCGAUGCGUUAGGUCGAAGCCAUCCCAGUUUUGAUGGCAGUCGCGGCAGCCGGUUCACAGAAAGUAUCUAAAUCGCAAUCGUUUGGCAACGGCGGACAACUUUUGGUGUUUGUCAUCCGGUACGUAUAUGCUUUUGAGAUUCUGUACAUAAAUUGGAGACGUUUGUACAUGGGAUUUUGGGGGAAGUGUUUGGGGUUCGCGGUGGCUGGCAAGGAACGAAGGGUUGUUUGACCAGGCCGGAGAUCGCGACGGAGGAAUGCUGGGUCUGUUUGAGACACGUCUUGAUUCUGCACUACUACUUGCUAGCCUGUUUCUCUUUUAUAUGGAUACCCCAAUUCAUCUUUUUUUUUUUCUGUUAUUCGAUCGGGGCUCAAUGUACAUUCGCCUGUUAAUUACUAAUUAAUGGACACUGUGUCGAUAUCCAC